GAAGUUGUAUGCACAGAAAUUCAUUCGCAUGAGCACUGAACUCGAUGACAGACGCAAGGGCUGAAUAAUUGUUGUUAUUAUUAGCUAUCUACCAAGUAAUACAUAAAAAAAAAAAGAUUGGCUCACAUUCUACGUAGAUAUGGCGGAUGAGGUAACGAAAACUGCAGGUAAACUCUCAGUCGGUGAGCUGUAUGUGUCCGAGAGAGAGGGGAAUGACCAAGAUGGUGAUGGAACAGAGCAGAAGCCCUUCAAGACCUCACUGAGGGCUUUGAUAUUUGCUGGAAAGGAGCCCUUCCCAACCAUUUAUGUGGACUCUCAGAAGGAAGGAGAGCGUUGGGCAGUGAUCUCCAAGACCCAAAUGAAAAAUGUGAAGAAGUUAUUUCAUAGAGAGCAGAUGAAGAGUGACACUAAAGACAAGAAGGAGGCAGAGGACUCUGAGAGGAGAGAGAAGAAUCUGGAAGAAGCUAAAAAAAUCAUAAUUGAGAAUGACCCCAGUCUACCCGAGCCUAAAACUGUUAAAAUCUUUGAACUGCAGCCACUCAGGGAGCAGAGAGUGAAGGUGUUUGGUUGGGUGCACAGAUUGAGAAAACAGGGAAAGAAUCUGCUGUUCAUUGUUCUGAGGGACGGAACUGGAUUCCUGCAGUGUGUUCUCAACGAUAAACUGUGCCAGUGCUACAAUGCCCUGGUUCUGUCAACAGAGAGCACCGUGGCUCUUUAUGGGUUGGUCAAGGAAGUUCCUCAAGGAAAGCAGGCCCCUGGGGGUCAUGAGCUGCACUGUGACUUCUGGGAGCUGGUUGGGUUGGCCCCAGCUGGAGGUGCUGACAACCUCCUGAACGAGGAGUCCGACGUGGACGUCCAGCUCAACAACAGACACAUGAUGAUCCGAGGGGAGAACGUGUCCAAGAUCCUGCGCGUCCGCUCCACAGUCACCCAGUGCUUCAGGGACCACUUCUUCAGCCAAGGCUACUGUGAGAUCACCCCGCCCACUCUAGUUCAGACCCAGGUGGAGGGAGGCUCCACCCUGUUCAACCUUAACUACUUUGGGGAGGAGGCCUACCUGACCCAGUCUUCCCAGCUCUACCUGGAGACCUGCAUCCCGUCCCUGGGGAACACCUUCUGUAUUGCCCAGUCCUACCGCGCCGAGCAGUCCCGCACGCGCCGGCACCUGGCCGAGUACACCCACAUAGAAGCAGAGUGCCCCUUCAUGACCUUUGAUGACCUCUUGACCCGGUUGGAGAAUCUGGUGUGUGAUGUGGUGGACAGGGUCCUGAAGUCUCCUGCUGCCCCACUCCUCUAUGAUGUCAACCCCGACUUUAAGCCCCCUAAGAGACCCUUUUUGAGGAUGAACUACUCUGACGCCAUCAUCUGGCUGAAGGAGCACGACAUCAAAAAGGACGACGGGACUUACUACGAGUUUGGAGAGGACAUCCCCGAAGCACCAGAGAGGCUGAUGACAGACACCAUCGGGGAGACCAUCCUGCUGUGCCGCUUCCCCGCUGAGAUCAAGUCCUUCUACAUGCAGCGCUGUGCAGAGGACCAGCGCCUCACUGAGUCUGUGGACGUGUUGAUGCCCAACGUUGGAGAGAUCGUUGGAGGGUCAAUGAGGAUCUGGGAUGCUGACGAACUGCUGGAGGGAUACAAAAGAGAAGGGAUUGACUCCGCCCCCUACUACUGGUACACUGACCAGAGGAAGUACGGGACCUGCCCACAUGGCGGUUACGGACUGGGCCUGGAGCGGUUCCUGACCUGGCUGCUGAACAGACAUCACAUCAGAGACGUUUGUCUCUACCCCCGCUUCAUCCAGCGCUGCCGACCCUAAACCACCCACUGCCCUCAACCCACUGCCCUCAUCCAGCGCUGCCGACCCUAAACCACCCACUGCCCUCAACCCACUGCCCUCAUCCAGCGCUGCCGACCCUAAACCACCCACUGCCCUCAACCCACUGCCCUCAUCCAGCGCUGCCGACCCUAAACCACCCACUGCCCUCAACCCACUGCCCUCAUCCAGCGCUGCCGACCCUAAACCACCCACUGCCCUAAACCCACUGCCCUCAUCCAGCGCUGCCGACCCUAAACCACCCACUGCCCUCAACCCACUGCCCUCAACCCACUGCCCUCAACCCACUGCCCUCAACCCACUGCCCUCAACCCACUGCCCUCAACCCACUGCCCUCAUCCAGCGCUGCCAACCCUAAACCACCCACUGCCCUCAACCCACUGCCCUCAACCCACUGCCCUCAUCCAGCGCUGCCGACCCUAAACCACCCGCCUACUGAACCAGACCAGGUUUUGUACCAAAUGGCACCCUAAACCCUACAUCUGGGGUUUUGCCCCCAUGUCCCCUGGGACUCUAGGAACAGGGUUUCCUGCCCUGUAGAUAAUAUAAAGGGAAUACGGUGCUAUUUGGGACAAAGUCUAUCUCCAGACUGCAGUUCAAGAGACAAGAAUACUUCAUUUUCUUCUGGAACCAAUGUCUAGUGACCACUGAUUUUAUGUAAACCCUGGUUAAAGUCCUUUAUCAAGGGUUUACACACCAGAUGUAGUUAUGUACCUAAUUUGUGACUCAAAGGCCUCUGAUGUCAGCAAAUGUUAAGAAUGAAAUGUGCGAAAAGUUUUCAAACGAUGCAAUUCAUGCUCUCCAGCAAAUACAUCUGCCAAUAAAUGUAUGCUGUACAUGCUA